AGUAGUUUUAGCUUUAAAGAAAGCUGAAACUAAUUAUUUAUUAGAUGUAUUGGACAUUUUCUGGGGUACCAAAAGUUGGAGCCGAAACAGCCUCAGAUGCCUGUGAUUAUUUUGUUGAUGAAACUGUAACACCAACAAAUAUGUCUUUAAAUUCAGAUUCUAUAAAUUCUUUUGAAGAAUUAGAGCUUAGGCGCUCUAAACACAAAGAUCUACGGCAAGCAGUUCUUUCUGGCAAGGAGAAUGAAGUUGUAUCUAUUUUGAAAAAGCUGAACGAACAUGAGAAAUCAAUUAUAGUAAAUAUGGCAUUAGAGCAGGAAAACACCUUAAUUUACAUAGCAUCACAAUUCGGAUACGAAAAUAUUGUUAAAUAUUUAAUUCAAGAUGGAGCGGAUGGACGAGUUAAUAAUAGAACUAAAUAUUCUCCUCUAUAUGCAGCCAUUACAAACGGUCAUUACAAAAUAACUGCAUUGCUCUUGGAAGCUUUUCCUGAACUAAUAAAGCAACCAACUGUUGAACAAUGGCUUCCGCUGCAUGCUGCGUGUAUUAACGGUCAUGAUGAUUUAGUUGAAUUAAUUAUUAAUUAUAAUUAUCCUGAUCACAUAUAUACAGUAUUUAGAGAUUCCGAAGGAAUUUGGGAAUGGAAACUACCUUUCGAUCCAAAUGGGCAAGAUGUAACAGGGCAAAGUAGUCUUUAUAUUGCAAGUAUUUCCGGGAAAGUUUCGUUGGUUAAUUUGUUGUUAAAUUGGAGAGUUCAAAUUUAUAAAACUAACGCGGUAUCCCCAACUGAUAAUAUUUUACAAGCAAGAAGAAAUAUUUCUCCAGGGAUUCGCAAAUUAAUAUCAAAUUUAACUGAGGAUAAAGGAAUUUAUUCAGCAAAUGAAGUUCCCACGAAAUGUCCUAUUAGUCUAAACCUUCUAUGUGGUGCAGCAAAAGAGACGGCGCUUUUAGCUGCUGUACGUGGAGGUUUUGUUGAUGUAGUUAGUUCCUUAUUAGAACAUGGUGCAGAUCCAAAUAUUGCUGCGAAACCUGUUGAAAAUUCCAAUGAUUUUGGAGAGGAGAUUUUCGGUUUAUGUAACGUUCCUUUAGCUGAAGCUUGCAAGCAAAAGUCUGAAGAUUUAAUAAAAGUUUUGUUGCAUUAUGGGGCCCGUGAUGAUCAGGGUACUGCUUUAAGAACCACUCUGGUUGGCGGUGAUGAAGUAAUUUUAGGCACGUUGCUUUCAAAAAGAGUUCAUCCAGAUUCUGAUUAUCAAAUUAACACAAAGUGGUUACCUGCCAAAAUCAAAACAAACUACUCAAAGUUUACUCUUAAUGAAAAAUCAAAAGGAUUAAUUCCAACAAUAGUUGAUUGGCACAGCAGUCAUCACGUACAACUUCCGCAUAUUAAAAUGGAGUGGAUUAGAGAUUGUGUGCUUACAUUAAAUCCGCAUUUGAAAAAAAAUCCUAAAGUCGAUAGUAUAUCUCUCACGGCUAUUACAAGAAUAGACAUAUCACAGAAUAGUAUAUCUUGUUUACCGAUUGAAAUAUUUUCCUUAACUAGUUUAAAAUACUUGAACGUUGCACAAAAUAAGCUUGAAGAGAUUCCAGUUUCCAAUGAAAUUCCAUGUUACAAUUGUCCAGUUUUAGAAGAAAUUUACUUACAGGAUAAUAAGUUAACUGCAAUACCUCCAGGAAUAUUUCAAUUAGUGUCACUAUUAGUAUUAGAUGUUUCAAAUAAUAAGCUACAGGAAAUGCCGUUCGAAAUGUGGAAAGCACCCAAAUUGAGAGAGUUAAACAUAGCAUUCAAUUUACUAAAAAAUUUACCAAGCUCUCCUAAUGAAGGAAAGAAAGAUCAAAAACUUUUUUUUCCAACAAUAGACGCAGCUUUAGAGGAUUUCGAAACACUAAUUUCUGCAAAUAGUAACUCGAAACCAUUGCAUUCCAAAACAUUAAAACAUUGUAACGCUUGGUCGCAAUUACUAGAUAUAAAUGAUAGGGAUAUUCAUUGGAACUUCGAAAAUAAUGACAAAGACAGCAAAGUUAGCAGUUUAAGUGCUCUAAAUUUAAGUAAUAAUUUAUUCACUUCAGUACCGAUAGUUUUACCUUGUUUGGCAAAUAACUUGACACGGUUGAACAUGUCGUACAAUAAUUUAAGGUCUAUGGGCCACAUUACUGGAUUUCCAGCAACUAUUAAACAACUAGAUUUAAGUCAUAAUGAAAUAACGUGUUGGCCAAGUCUACCUCAAAUAUGUGACUCUGAUCCUCAUUUGCAAUGUUAUGAGGAAGAAUCUACGAAAGAACCAGAGGAGAUGACACCUGGUAAAAGAUAUUCGUCAUUGAGAAGUAAUGUUUUAAAAAAUGUUUGUCGGCACAGAAAACAUUUAAGAUUGGAAACAUUAAAAACUUUGAUAUUAGCUGAUAAUCUGUUAACAAAAAUUCAGCUUUGCACUGAUGAUUCAAGUAGUGGAAGUCAAUCAGAUUUUAAUUUUGGUAACACUACUAAAUCAAGACUAAUGUUUCCCAACCUUUCUAUGUUGGACAUUAGCAACAACUGUUUAAAGGAAAUUCCAAUUAAUAUAUAUGAAUUGAGCAGUUUGAGUGUUUUAAAUAUUAGUGGUAAUGUUGAUGUUAAUGAUCUUCCCCCACAUUUAGGACUCUUAUCGCGAUUAUGGAACCUCAAUCUAAGGGGUUGUUCAUUACAAGAGCCACUUAAAACAAUGGUGGAAAAUAAAAAAUAUAAAACAAUGAAUAUUGUUGGGUAUUUGAAGUCAAUUUAUGAGGAUGCGCAACCAUAUGCGCGAAUGAAGCUAAUGGUUGUAGGUGUUCACGGAAUCGGGAAAACUACUUUAUUAAAUGUGCUUAAGCAUGGUAAUUCAAAGAGACCUAAUUCCAAUAGCGAUCAUUGGACAAAGAGGGUAAGACCGAAAGGAAAUUAUACAAAAUCCUCAAAACCAAUAAAUAUUUCUACCGUCGGAGUUGACAUCGGUACUUGGGUUUGUGAAAAAAAAAUGAAAGAUUCGUAUGGUCCUGUUAUUUUUAGAACGUGGGAUUUUGGUGGUCAAAAAGAAUAUUAUGCGACACACCAAUACUUUCUAUCUAAACGUAGUCUGUAUUUAGUUCUAUGGAAAAUAACUGACGGUCAGAAAGGUUUAAAAGAAGUUCUGCAAUGGCUGGGAAAUAUUCAGACACGUGCCUGUAAUUCUCCAGUAGUAAUUGUAGGCACACAUUUGGAUGAAGUUGGAAAAACAUUCCCUAUUGCAAAAGCGCAAGAGUUACAACGAAUCAUUAAAGAGAAGUUUAUAGCCAUUCCCGAUGCAGAAAAAGUAGGAUUACCCCGUGUUAUUGAUUCAAUACAAAUCAGCUGCAAAACUCUACAAAAUAUUUUGCAGUUGUCAAAUUUAAUUUAUGAUUCCGCGUUUUCUCUACGUUCACCUGGCUCUAAAGAACCUCUCUUGCUGCAAAGAAUACCUGCCACUUACAUAGCUUUAGAAGAUGCGAUAAAUAUAAUAGUCAAUAAAUUAAAGAUUUCUGGGCGUGAUCCAGUUUUAUGCGCUGAAACUUAUAAAGAAUUAGUUAAGGAUGAGAUGCAAUUGAAUGGGCAUAAAGGUUUUAGAGAUUCUGCGGAAUUAGAUCAAGCGACGAUGUUUCUACAUGACAAUGGAGUCAUAUUGCAUUAUGAUGAUGUUACUUUAAGAGACUUCUAUUUCGUUGAUCCACAAUGGCUUUGCGAUUUGCUAGCACAUGUUGUUACUGUUCGAGAAAUUAAUCCUUUUGCAAGAGAUGGUGUGAUGAAGUUAAAUGAUUUGGAUGUUUUAUUGAAAUAUGAUGACUCCAAGACAAAUGAAAGAAAAAAAUAUAUUAUCAGUUUAUUAAAUAAAUUUGAAGUUGCACUUUCUUGGGACUCAAAAACUUUAAUUAUUCCAUCAUUAUUGCCGGAAUACCAAACAUCUAUGAAAAAAACUGUAAUUCAGGUGCCAAGGAAGUUUAAGACAACUGACUUGUCAGCUGUCAUGUGUGAUAACUUGAUACUUCUGUCAUCAAAACCGGUGCCAGAUCCUUCAGAAAUCAGACGUAUACUGCUGAUGACUUAUUUCCCGUCAGGUUUUUGGCCUCGUUUAAUAACUAGAAUAUUAUCUGACGAGCAAAUUGCAAAUGCAGUUCUGAAUAUUUUGCAAAUAAAGACGGGAUUCAAGAAUAUGAACAAUUUAUUGCAAUACUUUGUUGAAGAAAAUUUACAAUGGAAUUUAUGGCAAAGAGGAAUAGCUUUAUGCCUUUCAAAUAUAGUUUUAUUUCAAAUAAAGGAAGUCCCUUUCAAUUCUAGAUCAAUUUAUAGAAAUCGUUGUAAUAAAUUUAAAUUAAAAGCUGAGGGCGUAUGGAAUGAAGUGAACAUAAAUAAUUCAAAUAUAUUAGAAAUUUACUUUUCAUUAAAAUCUAUUGACUUGUAUCAAACUCUAAAUGAUACUACCAUUUUUGCUGGAAAGUAUGAUGUUCAGUUCACUGUAGCAUCAAAAUUAUUAGCUAUGCUCUCUGAUCAUAUUGAUAUUUUAUUAGAAGAUUGGUAUCCUUCUUUAGGUACAAGAUUUGUACAUACGUCAGAAGGUCGUUUUCUUAUAACUCGAUUAACCUUAUGUCCUGAGUGUUUUAAAAAACUAGAACAACAAACAGCCAGUGCGGAUUGUGAAGAAAAUGUUGAAUUUAAGACAGAAAACAUAGAUAAUUGUCUUCCAGUAUUAAAAGAUGAACUUGAUGAAUACUUCCAAAGUAUAAUUUUCGAUGGCGGCUCCAAUAGUAGCUCACCGGCUGAUCAUUCUGGAGCACUUGAAAUAAUUUGUUUUGCCUGGAUGAUAGAGGAGUGUAUAUUUUCAGCUUAUAAUAAAUCUAAAGUGUCUUGUCCUGAGCAUUUCGAAUGUGAUUUUAAAUAUAUCGCUCCAGAUGUGGUUUUUAUGGAUAUUUCCGAAGAUUUGCUUAUUAAGCAAGAAGAUAUAAUUCGCGGUGAGCUUCUUGGUAGAGGCGCAUUUGGAUUUGUUUUUAAAGCUAUAGCUAAUGUUAGAAAAACUCAAAGUUUCGGUUCAGUGGCAAUGAAAAUGCUUCAACCAAUACCACCAGGUCCAGGUGCAAGAGAUAGUGCACUCAUGGCUUAUAAGAUAUCGCUCGGUAAGUGGGAUCGAGAUCCUUUGCAACAUUCUUGUAAAGCAUAUUGUAUUGCAAGACAAGAACUGGCAGUGCUUCUGACGUUGAAGCAUUUAAAUAUAGUUCAACUAAAGGGCAUAUGUGUGAAACCUUUGGCUCUUAUUUUGGAAUUCGCUCCUUUGGGAGCUUUGGAUGGAAUCUUAAGACAAUAUAAACGAAGUGGUGCACGCAUAUCGCCUUACACUUUUCAGCUUAUGACAUUACAAACUGCUAGAGCUAUAGAAUAUUUACAUAGAAAAAAAAUUAUUUAUAGAGAUUUAAAAUCUGAAAAUAUAUUAGUGUUUGAAUUUCCAUUACCUCAUACGGAUAGUAUUUCAAAAAAUAAGGUCCUCCUUAAAAUUGCUGAUUAUGGCAUCAGUAGAAUUACAACACAUUGCGGUUCUAAAGGUUUUGGGGGUACAGAAGGAUUUAUGGCCCCAGAAAUAAUAAGAUUUAAUGGAGAGGAAGAGUAUACUGAGAAAGUGGAUUGCUUCUCUUUCGGAAUGUUUUUGUAUGAAUGUAUUACAUUAAGACAGCCAUUUGAAGGAUGCGAGUCAAUAAAGGAGUGCAUUUUAGAAGGGAAUAGACCGCCAUUAUCUCUUAGAGAAAGUCAAGUUCCAACAUAUUGUUUGGAUUUAAUGGUACAUUGUUGGAAUGAUUUACCUCGGAAAAGACCAUCGGCCAGCCAAAUUGUUUCAAUUAUUAAUGCUCCAGAAUUUAUUCAUUUGCUUGAUGCUGUUUCUUUAUCUAAUACUCAUAAAAUAAAUGUUAUAUCUGGAGUAUUUGUUGAUACCAAAGAAGGACAAGAGCAAUAUCCUGGUUUACAAUUAUGGCUUGCAUCCAACAAUUGUAAAAUCGAAGUCUUAUCUAUGCCGAAAGAUUUUCGUUUUCAAGAACAUCAAAAUGUUAUAAUUAGUAAGGAGCCACCAGAUAUAUCGUGCAGAUCAAAUUUAUCAGAUAGUAUAAAACCAGACUUUGUCUGUUGUUGUCUUGUUGAAGAUAAUAUAUGGGUAGGCGAUUCAUUUGGAAAUUUACGAGCUUACAGUUCAUCUAGCUAUGAAUUAAUAUUUUUUUAUACAUUUGACACACAAACAAAAAGUUCAAUCAUUAUGCUUAUAUAUCUUGCCGAAAUACAACGAGUUAUAGUAGGAUUACAAAAUGGUCGAAUUUUUUUUAUAGAUUCCACUUGUGUUCCUUUUAACUAUACAUUUGCUGAAGGUUCGUUUGUUUUAACUGAAAUUUUUUCAAGCGAUAUUUUAAUAAGCGCUUGUGCUUUGUGUAAUGGAAGUGAGUAUGAAUUGUGGUGUGGAAAUAAUUCAUCCAUUAUAAAUAUAUUUCCAUUUAAUAAAUCUGGUGUUACAAGUCACUUGUCUGUUAAUCAUUUUUCAACAAACCCAUUGACGAGGAAUCAUUAUGAAGUUUUUAAAAUGGUUUCAGCUAAAAAAUAUAUUUUUUCAUGUUUAAAAAAAGGGUCCAUUGUCUAUCAGUGGAAUGUUUGUGAUAAAGUUAUACAAGGUAAAUUAGAUUGCUCUAAACUUUUACCUUGUUCUGAAAGUCUGAAAAGUAUAUCAAUUGAAGAUCAUUUAGGAUCGUCUCAUAGUCAAAUUACAGCUAUAAAAACAACUGAGAAAGUUUUAUAUGUUGGAACAGCUGCUGGUUGUUUGAUAAUUGCAGAUAUGGAAUCAUUAUGCCCUUUAAAAGUUUUUCGACCACACGAAAAAAAAGUGAAAGAUAUAAUUAUUGUUCAAGAGGAAAAUAAACCACUUUUGGCAACUAUUGGAAUUGGUUACAGACCGUUGUUAACAAGAUUUAUGGAUUAUGAUAGCACGUUUUUAGAACAAGAAAAUAAUUUAAAACAUUUGUAUUGUUUGUUAUGGCAUGGUGAAAAUUGGACAUGAUCGCAAAUGAAUAAUUAAAAAGAUUUGUAAAUCCAUUUAGGUUAUCGUGAAAGUAAUCAUAUUAUGAUUUUAAGCAAUUUUAAUAAUUUAAUAAUAGGAAUUUAAAUAAAUAUAAAAUUUUGACUGUUUUGCGUUUUAAUUUAUUUUAUAUAUUAUAAAAAUGUAAUUUAGUAAUUAAUCACUUAUUAGCUUUUUAAAUUAAAAAUUUAUAUUUUACUCAAAAAAAAAAAUUAAUUUUUUAGUAAUUUAGUAGAUAAUUUAUUUCCAAUAUUUCCGAGAUUAAUAAUUUUUA